CCCCGGAAGCGGCGGGCGCUGCCCCGGAAGCGGCGCGGGGCGGGACGGGCGGCGAUGGCGGCGGAGGAGCCUCAGCAGCCGCAGCCGGAGCCGCUGGGCGGCAGCGAUGCCGACGGUGUGAACUGCCUGGCGUACGACGAGGCGAUCAUGGCGCAGCAGGACCGCAUCCAGCAGGAGAUCGCGGUGCAGAACCCGCUGGUGUCCGAGCGCCUGGAGCUCUCCGAGCUCUACAAGGAGUACGCGGAGGAUGACCACGUGUACCAGGAGAAAAUCAAGGACCUGCUGCAGAAGUACUCGUACAUCCGCAAGACGCGGCCGGACGGGAAUUGUUUCUAUCGCGCCUUCGGCUUCGCGCACCUGGAGGCGCUGCUGGAGGACGGGCAGGAGCUGCAGCGGUUCAAGGAGGUGUCGGCGCGCAGCAAGGAGGAGCUGGUGGCGCAGGGAUUCACCGAGUUCACCAUCGAGGACUUCCACAACACGCUGAUGGAGCUGAUCGAGCGCGUGGAGCGCCGUGUGCCGCUGCCGGAGCUGCUGGCGGCGUUUAACGAGCCGGCCACCUCGGAUUACCUGGUGGUUUACCUGCGGCUGCUCACCUCGGGCUGCCUGCAGCGCCACCGCCGCUUCUUCGAGCAGUUCCUGGAGGGGGGGCGCAGCAUCAAGGAGUUCUGCCAGCAGGAGGUGGAGCCCAUGUGCAAGGAGAGCAAUCACAUCCCUCUGUCCCCUGUCCCUCUGUCCCCUCAAUAACCCUGUCCAUCUGUCCGUCUGUCCCUCUGUCCCCUGUCCCUCUGUGCCUGUGUCCCCUGUCCCCUCGGUAACCCUGUGCCUGUGUCCCCUGUCCCUUGUCCCCUCAAUAACCCUGUCCCCUGUCCCCUCACACCCCGAUAACCCUGUCCAUCUGUCCCUCUGUCCCCUGUCUGUCCCCGCAGGAGGUGGAGCCCAUGUGCAAGGAGAGCGAUCACAUCCCUCUGUCCCCUGUCCCUCUGUCCAUCUGUCCGUCUGUCCCCGCAGGAGGUGGAGCCCAUGUGCAUGGAGAGCGAUCACAUCCCUCUGUCCCCUGUCCGUCUGUCCCCCCGAUAACCCUGUCCGUCUGUCCGUCUGUCCCCUCAGGAGGUGGAGCUCGUGUGCAAGGAGAGCGAUCACAUCCCUCUGUCCCCUGUCCCUGUGUCCCUGUGUCCGUCUGUCCCCGCAGGAGGUGGAGCCCAUGAGCAAGGAGAGCGAUCACAUCCCUCUGUCCCCUGUCCCUGUGUCCAUCUGUCCGUCUGUCCCCGCAGGAGGUGGAGCCCAUGUGCAAGGAGAGCGAUCACAUCCCUCUGUCCCCUGUCCCUGUGUCCAUCUGUCCGUCUGUCCCCGCAGGAGGUGGAGCCCAUGUGCAAGGAGAGCGAUCACAUCCCUCUGUCCCCUGUCCCUGUGUCCAUCUGUCCGUCUGUCCCCGCAGGAGGUGGAGCCCAUGUGCAAGGAGAGCGAUCACAUCCCUCUGUCCCCUGUCCCUGUGUCCAUCUGUCCGUCUGUCCCCGCAGGAGGUGGAGCCCAUGUGCAAGGAGAGCGAUCACAUCCCUCUGUCCCCUGUCCCUCUGUCCAUCUGUCCGUCUGUCCCCGCAGGAGGUGGAGCCCAUGUGCAAGGAGAGCGAUCACAUCCCUCUGUCCCCUGUCCCUGUGUCCAUCUGUCCGUCUGUCCCCGCAGGAGGUGGAGCCCAUGUGCAAGGAGAGCGAUCACAUCCCUCUGUCCCCUGUCCCUGUGUCCAUCUGUCCGUCUGUCCCCGCAGGAGGUGGAGCCCAUGUGCAAGGAGAGCGAUCACAUCCCUCUGUCCCCCCCGAUAACCCUGUCCGUCUGUCCAUCUGUCCGUCUGUCCCCGCAGGAGGUGGAGCCCAUGUGCAAGGAGAGCGAUCACAUCCCUCUGUCCCCUGUCCCUGUGUCCCUCUGUCCGUCUGUCCCCGCAGGAGGUGGAGCCCAUGUGCAAAGAGAGCGAUCACAUCCCUCUGUCCCCUGUCCCUCUGUCCAUCUGUCCGUCUGUCCAUCUGUCCGUCUGUCCCCGCAGGAGGUGGAGCCCAUGUGCAAGGAGAGCGAUCACAUCCACAUCAUCGCGCUGGCGCGGGCGCUGCACGUCUCCAUCCUGGUGGAGUACAUGGACCGGGGCGAGGGCGGCGCCACCAACCCGCACGUGUUCCCCGAGGGCUCCCAGCCCCGCGUCUGCCUCCUCUACCGCCCCGGCCACUACGACAUCCUCUACAAGUGACCCCCGAGCCCCGACCCGGCCCCGGGGGCUCCCCAAAACCCCCCCGGCCCCGCUGCGGCCGCGCCUCCCCUCCCCCCCACCGCUCCCGUCCCGGUGAUCCCAAUAAAGAAAUGGUCCCGA